AAGAAGAAGACUCGCCGUGGAGAGAGAAGCAAAAUAAAAACUUCUAAAAAUGCAUUAUUUAAUUGCAAUAUUAAUGCAAUUUUUCCUAAAACGCCCAAAUUUGUGGCCUUGGAAUUCAAAACCCUAACCAAAACCCUUACUUGAUUUUCUUCGAUCCCAUCCCGAAAUGUUCAAAUUUUCCUCCACAUUUCUUCUACAUUUCAUCCAAAAACGUUUUUUCAAUACCGUUUCUACUUCUACAGUGCCUUUAGCCUCCAUUUCUACUGUCGAAUUCCUCACAAAUUCAUGUGGCCUUUCUUCAGGAUCUCCUACUUCCGCCGGUCGAAAGCUCCAGUUCGAUGAAAAAAACACCCAGCAGUACGGAGCCGUUAUCGAUUUCUUGAAAUCACAUGGAUUCGAGAACACACAGAUCGCCAAUUUGGUCUCGAGGCGACCUUCGAUCCUUCAAUCCAAAGUGUCCACCAAUCUGAAGCCUAGAUUUGAGUUCCUCCAGGAAAUCGGGCUCGUCGGACCUUUACUUCCUAAGUUUAUUCUAUCAACCCCAUGGGUUCUUGGCAGCAGCUUAGAUUCUCGGUUGAAACCAUCAUUUUUUUACAUAAAGGAAAUUCUGGAAUCGGAUGAACAAGUAACUGCUGCUAUUUGUCGUUAUCCAAGCCUUCUAGUUUGUGAUUUGAAGGGUAAUUUGAAAUCUAACAUUGAUAUUUUGGCCAGUGAAGGAGUACCUUCUAGGAAUAUAGCGAGAAUGAUUGUAUGGAAGCCUAGAACUAUUACGCGAAAGGUUGAUAGAAUGAUUAAUGCAGUGAAAAGGGUUAAAGAAUUAGGCAUUGAACCAAAGGCUUGCAUGUUUGUUUAUGCAGUUAUAGUAAGGCUUUCAAUGAGUGAUUCAACUUGGAAGAAGAAAAUAACUGUUAUGAAGAGUUUAGGAUGGUCUGAGAAGGAGAUUUUUACAGCAUUUAAGAAAGAUCCAACUUAUUUACAUUGUUCAGAGGAGAAAAUGAGGGAUGUUGCAGAUUUCUGUUUCAACACUGCAAAGUUGGAUCCAGGAACCGUAAUUUCUUACCCUAUGUUCUUCAAGUUGUCGGUCGACAAGCGGCUCCGACUGAGGUACAAAGUUCUUGAGGUUUUGAAGGUGAAAAAUCUCCUCAAGAACAAAAAGAUAACUCUUACUGGGUGGUUUAUGCAAGGGGAGAGAGAAUUUGUGAAGAAUAAUGUUGUUAAGCAUUUGGAUGAAAUCCCAAAUCUGAUGGAUAUAUACCGGGGCAAUGACGCAUCUGAAACCAAAUCUGUUUCAUAGGAUUGGAGAGUUGAAAGUUAAAAUGUUGUUAAAGUCUAAAUUUGAGCAUCAUGAUCUCAAAGGGGAGAGCAUUUUUGUUGUUAUAGAGGCUACUGUUCUGUUUCAAAUAACACUGUUUCAUGGAUAAACCUUAUGCUUUGUGUUUUUAAGAUAAAGGGGAUUUGAAUAUUGUAGUCGAAGGGAUGUAAUACAAUACAUGUCCAUAUAACAAUCCUAUUAUUUUCAUA